CUGGUUCACCCUGGCUUUCUCUCGUCUCCAGAAGGUAAAAGUCAGCACUCAGCACGUCCCGGAACCUCAGCAACCAGCAGCAGCAGCAGCAGACGCCCUCAGGCCACGUCCAGAACCUGUCUGUUUCCUGUCUGUCUGUCUGCCGUGUGCCCUCAGUGACCAUGGCGCCAGUACUAAGCCCCUAGCAGCAGUAUCCUCAGUAAGACCAAAAUCUAAGGCACGCUGGGUCGUGUCCUUGGUGGGCGUGCCUUGCUGUGGGCGGCGGCUGGGCGGGCCGAGGCUGGGGCGACCAUGUGGAGUGUGAGAGCGGUGGUGGAGAGUGUGGUGGAGCACGGCAGACGGGCCCUCCACCACCAGCUGCGGCGCCGUCACCCACAGCACCAGCAGCCUCAACAUCAGCCUCCCCCCCAGCACCACCUCCAGGGCCGCCAUCGCCUCUCCGGCCACAAGCUGAGCAAGAGUGUAAGGGAGGGGGCAGCAGAGGCGGCGGGCGAGGGGUGUGGAGGGACUAGCCGGGCGGGGUUGGUUGCCAGCCGCCUGCGCCCCCUUACCACCCAGCUUGUCCAGAACAUCUGCCGCAGGGUCCCAGCACCCCUCUGGACCGAGGCGCGGCGCCGCACUACUCAGCGCCUUGUCUUUGGGGCCAGUGCUCCGUACUUCGCCCUGGUUGGAGUAAGCUUGGUGGGCGGGUCCCAUGGCCUUGUGACACGCGAUGAUGAGUUGGAGGCCUUGUGUGGCACAGUGAGGGAAGCCAUUUCUCGGUCUGGCUGGCUCCACAACCCUGAGUUUUGGCAGUCACAGCCGGAGAGAACAGACCAGCAGAAGCAGCAGUCGGAGGAGUCCCAGGAGGGGGAGGAUGGGAGGAGCGAGGGGGAGCACGUGUACUCUCUGGCAGACUUCACCCUGGGCCCCGUCAUUGACAAGGGCUGCAAUGCCGUGGUGUACGCUGCCAGGUGGAAGACAGAUGAGAGCAACAACCACAGAAAUACUCACGAAGAAGAGGAAGGGGAGGAGUCCUGCCCCUACAGCUCCACCAUCAGGGAGGUGGUAGAGGGUCUCCCCUACCCCCAGGAGCCAGUGAAUGGGGUCAGCACAUCCUCCUUGGGCGCCAGUUUCCUGCAUUCUCAAGGACAGGUGGAGAAUGGUGAGGUAGAGCUGGUGGCUGAGGAGCAGGAGGAGGCAGACAUUUCCCCAAGAGAAUCUAGGUCUCAGGGGGCUGUGGCGAGGACCCCCGCCACACCACCCAGCCCAAGGGAAGGUCACCAUGAGGAAGACGUGAAGACAAAAGAGGAGGAGGCAGCGGCAGGGGUUGAGCAGGAAGAGUUCCCGCUGGCCAUCAAAAUGAUGUUCAACUACGAGGCCGAGUCCAACGCGCCGGCCAUCCUGAGAGCCAUGUGUAAGGAGAUAGUGCCGGCCCGGUGUGUGCAGUUUGACGAGGACCAGAAACAGUGGCAAGAGAGGCUGUGUGGACCAAGGGUGUGCCUGUCGCCUCACUCCAACAUAGUGGAUAUGCCUUGUGUAUUCGUGGACAGAGUGCCACUGCUGGAAGGCUGCCACGACCUCUACCCCCAAGCUCUGCCCGCCCGUCUGAACCCUCAGGGAUACGGGCGGAACAUGAGUCUGUUCUGUGUCAUGAAGCGGUACGACACCAGCCUGAGGGAGUACCUGUCCCGCUACCGUCCGUCCCAGCGCACCUGUCUGCUGCUUGUCACCCAGCUGCUGGAGGCGAUGCUACACCUCAGGAACAACAACAUAGCACACAGAGAUCUGAAAUCAGACAACAUUCUGCUGUCCCUGGCGGAGGGGUGGCAGUACCCUCUCCUGGUCGUGUCUGACUUUGGUUGCAGCCUCGCUGGGGAAUCCUCAAACCUCUCCGUGCCCUUUCCCAGCAGGGAGGGCGACCCUCGACAGGGCAACCCAGCCCUCAUGGCUCCUGAGGUCAAGACAGCCACGCCUGGGCUGCUUUCCUCUGUCUCCUUUGGCCAGAGUGACCUCUGGGCUGCUGGCACACUCAUUUAUGAGAUCUACGGCCUCGACAACCCCUUCUGUCCCUCUCCUGCUGCUGCCUCGGCCUCGCCCAGAAGGCCAAAGCAGUUGGACUCUGCUACCUACAAGGAGUCCCAGCUGCCCCGCCUGCCCCGCAGUGCCCCGCCCUGGGUGCGGCACCUUGUGGCUGACAUCCUCCGCCGCAACCCUCGCGCGCGGCCUACCAUCAACGUAGCAGCAACACUGUGCCAGCUGAUGAUGUGGGCGCCGAGCAAGUGGCUGAACCGACACUCCCUCACUCUCCCCACCCACACCGAGGUGACCCAGUGGCUGCUGUGCCUGGCCACCAAGGUGUUGUGUGAAGCCAGGCUGCCCAGCGCCCAGGCACCACACAAACCAGGCAAGAAGAGAGCACCAGGCUUUGAGGGCAACGCUGAUCAUCAGGGAAGCCAGUUGGAAUACCAGAUGGUGUCCACCUUCCUGGGACGGGUUCAGUACGUGGACAUCAUACAAGCCAUCAAGUGGAACAGAGCUUUUUGAGCAGCAGCAGCAUGUUUGGAGUACACGAGGUACUCACUGUCCUACCGUCUUUGCCAACUCUGUCAAAUAUUCUGCUCAGCAGAAUUCUUGGCAGUUAGCAGUAGAGCACAAGUAGCUUUAAAUAUUUAGUUGUGAGAUUUCAUUUCUUGUUGGCUGUAUUACUAUUAUAUAAUCUGAAAUGAAAAGUAUUACCUAUAUUAAUGUGGUAAUUAUGCUGUAUUUAGCCCAGUGGUAUUUUUGUUUUAGGCAAAUGGAUGUCUUGAGGUCAUAUAACUGUCCAGAAUGAUGUAUUUAGGUUCCACAGGACUGGCAAUGGAAAGCAAUAGUGAUGAGAUAAAUUACUUGCAUCAUAAAACUUCCUGUCUUGCUAGUGUCCAUUAUUCAUGUAUUUUACUUUUUCUAUGUUGAGAAAGUCACCUGAUUUACUCAAAAGGAAAUUUUCAAGUUUAACACUAAUGGGAAUUUUUAUGUGGGCUUCCUGAACUUGCCUGUGCGAGUUCAGCCAAACGAUAUUAGCUAAAUCAGAUGUGCCUGAAGCUGUGAUGAAUUGUACAGGUAACUCAAUAUAUUUAGAUAUGUAAA